AUCUCUCCCGGUCAAAACUUCCUGAAACCCAAAAGCAAAGUGUUGUAUGAAAUGGGUUGUGUCCUUACUGACAACUGAAUUUGCUUUUUAAAACGAAGAGAAGCCCGCUGGGUUAACUGCAUCUUCAAGAUAAACUCCUACUCCGCUAAUUUUCUAAGGAUCGAGACGAUAUUUUGAUCGUAUUAUUCUGAUUAGCGAAGAGAAGCGUUUGCAAGCUGUAGUGAGAAGCAUCUGAUGCCACACAUAAUAGACAGCAAAAUCAUGGUUGUCAGUGAUGCGUGAAAGUUGUGUUUGCUGCACGGCCGUGUUCAUUAUUCUGUUUGUGACACUUGCUGUUCUCUCUCUCAUUUUCUUCUACAUUGGUCUGUUCCUUCAGAAGCCAGACAACCAGGCAUUGUAGAUCAUUCAAGUCCAUAGUAAAGUAAAGUUUUAUAUACUCAAGCAAGAUGUUAACCCAAAUUCUCCGUGACAUGUACAUUGACCCUGACCUGUUGGCUGAACUAGAGGAGGAGCAGAAACAGAUAUUGUUUUUCAAAAUGAGAGAGGAGCAAAUUCGUCGCUAUAACGAGCGUGAAAAAGAGCUAGAGAAGAAAGAGAAGCUGAAUCCUCCAAAGACUAAGAAAGAUGUUGACAAGACUGUUCACUACCUGAUAGCUAAAGAUGGGAAUCCAUGGGUUUGGGUCCUGGGAGAGGAUGGUGAGGAAGUUGAUGCUGAGGCCAAACAAAAAGAGGCAGAGCUUAUAGAAGACAAGCUGGCAGAGGAGAAGGCUAGGGAAUUGGCGCACCAAGAGAUGCUCCGCAAAGAACAAGAACAACAGGAGGAGGAAGAGAGGAGAAUACGAGAAGAGGAGGAAAGACAGAAAGCGUUAAAAGAAGAGAGGAUGAGAAAACUACAAGAGGAAGCAAGACUUGCUGCGCAAAGAGCUCUGGAAGAGAAACGAAAACUCGAAGAAGAACGGAAGGAACAGGAACGGAAAGAAAAGGAACUGGCGGAACUUGAGAAGAAAAGACAAGAAGAACGCCGUAGGCAAGAGGAGAAAAGACGUGCGGAAGAGGAGGCGAAACGGAAGGCAGAGGAGGAGAAAGCGGCGAGAGAGAAGGCGGAGAUGGAAGAGAAACUCAGGAGACUUAAGUUGCAAGAGAAAGAGGAAAAACGGAAACUCGAAGCUGAGAAGAAAGAGAAAGAACGUGUGGAGCGUGAACAGCGUGAGGAGCGGCGCAAACAAGAGGAGAAGAGGCGAGCCGAGGAGCAGGCGAGGCGGAAGGCGGAGGAGGAGAGGGCAGCGAAGGCUAAGGCUGAAAUGGAAGAGAGGAUGAGAAAGCUUGAGGAGAAAAGAGAAGCGGAAAGACAGGAGGCGUUGAGGAUAGAUAGGGACCGCAAACAGGACGCGCAGAAGAAAGUCGCGGAGCACGUGGCGCGCCUUCAAGAGGCUGAAAGGCGACGAGCAGAAGCUAAAGAGCGCGAGAGGCAAGAGGAAGAGAGGCGAAAAGGAGAGGAGCGUCAACGUCAAGAGGAAGAAAAGAGGCAGAAAGAAGAAGAGGAGAGAUUACGUGUGGAGGCCGAGAGGCAGCGAGAGGAAGACGAGAGGCAGCGAGCGGAAGACGAACGGCAACGAGCGGAGGACGAGCGGCAGAGGGUCAAGCACGAAAUGCAGCGACUGAAGGACGAAAGGCGACGUGCCGAGGAGGAUGAAAUCGCGCGGCAAGAAGAAGAACUCAGGCGACUCCAGGAGCAACGAGAGAAGGAGUUGAAAAGGUACAAGGAACUCCAAAUGGCAGAGGAAGAGAAGAGACGGAAGGAGACAGAGGAAAGAGAGCGACAAGCCAGGGAAGAAGAGGAUAGGAUACGCAGAGAGCGGGAGGAAGCAGAGCGACUGCGGCGCGAGAAAGAGCAGAGGGAACAGCGUAUGAGACAACUAGAAGAGGAGGCUCGAAUUAAAGCUCAGAAGCUAGAAGAAGAACAAAGAGAAUUAGAACGGCUUCAAGCGGAGGCAGAGCUAAAGCGCAAGCAAGAACUCGAGCGCUUACGAGAAAAACGCAAGGAGGAGAAAGCGCAACGCGAAAGGGAGCUGAUCGAACAAGAGAAGAACCGCGCGAGAGAGAUCUACAUCAGCCUGAAGCGUGUGCGGGAACAGGUGAAGCAAAAAGAAGCCGAAGAACAACGAAAGCUCGAGGAAGCAUGGCAACGCAGCGAGAAGAAGGCUAAAGAAGCAGAAAGAGAUCGAAGAAACUCGGUCAGCAUCGCGCGUAGUGAAGUUCUACGAGAGCGCGCCCUUGCGGCCAAGAGACGUAACACUAUGGGUCAAAAGAUUGUAAUAGAAGCCCCGCACACACCGCCUCAGAUUCCAACCCGGACGGGGUCUGUGAAUAAGCCGUCCCGUGCCCCACCACCCGUCCCUAACCACCCAUCACCGGCUGUACCACUGAGACGCGAGGGGGACACCAAAUCCUUUGCCCCACAACGCCCUCCGCCACCCACCCGCACCCCCUCGGGGAAGGAUCGGCCUCACAGCACCACCGCAACACCCACCCUUCAUAUCCCUGAACGCACGCGGCGAAACAAGAAACCCAAGAGUCGCGCGGAGGUGGUGAAUUGGUUCCAAGAAGAAGAGCUCCCCAAGCGCGUAUGCUACGACGGAGAUAAAAUAUUGCCCUACUUCCAUGGAAUAAUUUCGAGACAGGAUGCUGAGCAGGUUUUGCUGGACAAAGUUCCAGGAUCAUUCCUGGUCCGUGUGAGCGAGCGCGUCUGGGGUUAUACCAUCACCUAUCGUGCCGAGGAGCGCUGCAAACACUACCUGGUCGACACCAGCGAGCAAACCUACCAGUUUUUCGGCCACAACCAAAUAGCUCACCCUACACUCAACGAUUUGAUCGAGUUCCACAAAGUUCGGCCAAUCUCAGGCAUGGGCCAGGAGCUGUUGAAAAUCCCUUGCGGACAGGAAUGCGAUCCCCCUGAUUACCAAGAACUUAUGGUACCGUCGUCACCUCAGAGACAAGAGACAUCGUUCUGAUAGUGAUAGUGUUAGAAAAUUUGUUGUCAUUUUUUUAGGAUUAUAGUCUAGUCUAUCCUCGGAGUAGAUCUACCGUUAUGUUGUCGCGGAAAAGAAAGGCUUUGUCAAAUAUGAUAUACACCUAUUUCAAUAAAGGUUGUCAGUGCAAAUGGCGAUUGGCAAAUGGCAGUUCUACGACCGAAAGUAAUCAUACGUCUCGAAGAAUAUGGAUAUGGAUAAAUCAAAACAGCUAUCCAUUAAAGGUUACCGCUUGGCUCUGACAUUGUUGGACUUUAUUUAACACCUUUAAUUUUACGAAUAAUUAGUACCCAUAAGCCAUUCGCCAUUUGCACUGACAAACUUUUGUGAAAUAGGUAUAUUUAUGUUGUUGGAGACUAUGUAAGUUGUCAAGCGUGGACAAGAACAACAGGUCUCGUAUGCAACCGUUUAUGCUGUCGUCAAAAAAGCACGAAGUCGCUGACAUAAAAUGUUCCCAAAGUUCUAUACUCGGGCCCAUUCUUCUACUCUAUGGUUUUAGUACCCAACAGUUGAUGGUGUAGUGUACAGAUUGUAAAAAACGCGUUCUUCUUGCUAUGUGGUGUUUCCCAAGGUUCUAUUCCUGGGGCCACCUUUUUCCCGGGAAGAGCAUUAACAAAACUAAAACAGUACACAGUUUUGCCAUGUAGUUAGCUAAUAUUAACAUGAAAUACAAAAAUGCUUUGUAAUUGUAAACAAUAUAUUUUCAAAAUAGAAUAUUUUCCCAUUUCAUUUUGGAGAAGGCUGCUACUGCGGGUUGUUCUGCGAGUACAACAACUUGCCAAAUCCUUCACAAUUGCUGGAUUUAAUUCAGUGGGAAAGAAUUUGGAAUAGUUAAGUAAAAUAGCUAGUCCGUCUCUCUGUACCUUUUAAUGGGUGAUAUAAUAAUAAAUAAUGUUGAAAUUGAACAUGAAUAAACAAGAUUUGUAGGAAUCUUCCUGGUCCGUCUCUCUGUGCCUUUUAAAAAUGGUGAUAUAAAAAUAGUGUUGAAAUUGGAUAUGAAUAAACAAGAUUUGCAAGAA